AUGGCUGCUUCGUUCGGCUACUCGAGACUCGACCCGAUACUGUACGACUUGAGCCAUGCUGCUGGUGCGAGGCAGUUCCAGAAGAUGGCCAGAGAAUUCAUGGCAGUUGUCAGAAUCACCCCAGAUAUGGAUGCAGAACAUCUUGUGAACUUCUCCAAGAUUGUUGAUAAUGCCGAUGGCUGGGCUCUGGCCUCCAACGUCGUUCCAGAAUUCCGUCUUCCUCAAGACACCGACACCGACGAAAACACUGCCCUUCAUCUGAUUCUGCGCACCAUGCGCCACAAGAGACCACGGGUGAACAUGUAUGAUGGAAGCUCUCGGGCAGAGGAGGCUGAGAAGGAGUUGCUAAGAAAGGAACAUCGCGCCAUAAUCGACUACGUAGAGACUUGCGGCCUGGGGAUUGAACGUGCGACGCCUGAGGAGGUUGCUGCCGCAAACGAACUCUACGAGAGAGUGGUAAACAUGUUGGAGAGGUGA